AUGGACAAUGCUCUAAUGCCAGGAUUGGUUUCCAAGGCGCUAGACCGACAAUGCAGGAGAGCAUUUUGCGAUUUCGUGGUUGCUGUAUUUCCGAACAUCUAUUACAGCUACAGCACUCGUGUGGAGCUGAAUUGGUUCGAAAUCGCCCACAAGGACGAAAGCGCGGGACAUGCACUGCAGUGGGCCAUUCGCAGCCUUGGAACCUUGCAGCUAGCCAGGGUAAAUGGCAACCAAGCACAGAUUGUUCUUAGUCAGGAAAUGUACGGCCACGCGUUGUGCCAGCUUGUUAAAGCUAUCAAAAAUCCUGCCACGGUUGGCAACAAUGACACCCUUGGAGCUGCCGUCCUCCUAGGAGUUUAUGAGUCGAUCAACGCAACGGAGAAGAACUCAUGGCUGCUGCAUUCAAGUGGGAUAUCUCACCUAUUGCGUCUCAGAGGGCCAAAGAGACACGUAAGUGGGUAUGGACGUACCUUGAUCUUAUCCUUUCGGGGACUCCUAGUUUAUGAGGCCUUCGCUCGGGGCGAGGCAUGUUUCCUAGAAAACGAGGAAUGGAGGUCAGCUCUGCCAUUGAUACUAGAGGACGAGGAACGACGCGGCACACAUUGUGCUCUGGGCCAGCUCAUGGACUAUGCAUUCAACGAAAUAGCUCAGUGCCCGGGGUUUCUUGCUAGGACCAAAGCCCUGGUCGCCUCUUCACAAACUACCGACGUGGAGAGAAACAAUUUAAUGGAUGCCAUCAGCACCAGCCAAGAAGUACUGGGCGAAGUGGAGAUCAAAAUAAUGGCCGGGGUAAAGGCUGAUCACGAAGGGAAUAUGAAAGAGUCCGAGGCUUUCUUUGGAUUAAUUCCUUCUUCUGCCAAAGCUGCAUCGGUGAAUUACACCCUUGAGGGUGUUCAAUCGGCCAUCGCACUCCUUCGACAGUUGUCAGUCUUGCUGGUGUCUGAUCGAAGCCGACAAAAAACUAUAACACCGUGGCUAAUACUCGGUCCAUGUAAGAAUAAUCAGAAGAUCAUAAAAGACACCUGCGAACUUGCCCAGCUUUCUCAAGAGGGUUCACAACUACAUCCAACAGGUCCACGGCAACAGGGAAAUCCAAAAAUUUGGCAUGACCGGAUCGCCUUGACAAUGGGCAUGCCAGACAACAGUUGA